AUGCCAAGGGGAUUUCUGGUAAAGCGAAACAAAAGGACUGGUCCAGUCUCCUACAGGAUACGGGAAGAAGACUCUUUGGGGGAAACAUCCCUGCCGCUUGGCUCGGCCUCCUACGCAUCCUGUUGUAUGGAGAAAAUAAAGAAACCGGCAGCCACCCAGCCCUUGGUGUGUAACAGACAACUUGAGAAUAUCCAAAGUCCGAUACAGGAGAUUUCCAAAGAUUUCCACACCUCUUCUGUUAGCCUAACUCCAGCUGUCAGCCAGGAACACCUGCAGAAGCACCUUCUGGCAAACUGUUUUGAUAGGACACUCAAGUCCAGCUUCCUAUUUCAAGCAGAAUCUUUCUCAGAGCCACACCUUGGCAACUUCAACAUUUCCAAAUCACCAGCAAAGUUUUCAAAGUCUUCUGCCGAGAUGACCGCCAAACUGGGCUCCCAGGGCAGUGCUCCAGCACUUUCUCCGGUCAAGCAACCAACUUUACUGAAUGUUGAGGCCAAGCUGGUGAAUCCUAAUAGGCAGAAGCUUUCAGGUGUUCUUCCAAGUGGGAAGCUGCUGAACUGUUGGGACAAAGUGGCCCCAGAGACCAUCUUAAGGUUGCAGGUUAAAGAGGAGGAUCUAUUGGAAGAUAGCAAGCAGCAACCAAAGAGCAGCAUGCUUGGGGAGUUCAUUUGUCAGCUCUGCAAGGAGAGAUACUCAGAUCCAUUGACCCUGGCACAGCACCAAUGCUCCCGCAUAGCACGAGUAGAGUACCGCUGUGCUGAAUGUGACAAAGUCUUCAACUGCCCAGCUAACUUGGCUUCCCACCGGCGUUGGCACAAACCAAAGGAGGUACUGCCUGACACAGUCUCGCAGAGGGGCAAGAAGACAGAACCCAGUAUGCUUCCAGUCAAUAUCCGAAAUGGCACUGCACCACCUUCAAAGCAAAUGGAUCCUCCGUCUGUGGAGGAAAUAACUUUUAACUGUCGAUUUUGUGGUAAGAAAUUCCGACGACGGUCAUACCUCCGCAAACACCUUGCACUGCACAACAGAAAUGCAGCAGGGUCACAACAGAAUCAACCUUCUGCUGUGGAAAAUAAGGCAAGACCAAACUGCAACAUCCCAAAACAUGGUUCUCCAAACUCACCGGGUCCUUUCAAUCUGAGAUGGGAGUCAUCCCAAGUUUCGAUCUCAGAUAAUACUGAAAUGUGUCUGUGUAGAUAUUGCGGGGAUUCGUUUUUCUCCUCUCCUGGGCUGAUGAGACAUAUAAGCAAGUGUCACCCAACAGAAACAAAAGGAAUAACAUUUUUGCCCCAAAGGGCUCUAGAGGAUUCUGUGGCACUUAUAAAGAAUCAGCAGCAAAUGACCUCAGAGACACAGUACACUGUCAAGGGCUGCGUGCUCAGUCCACUGCUAUUCACUCUGCUGACUCACGACAGUGUAGCAAUGCACAGCUCGAACCACAUCAUCAAGUUCACUGAUGACACGACCGUGGUAGGUCUCAUCAGCAAGAAUGACGAGAGAGCAUGGAGCGACCGCUCUCCGCCGAACAUCGACAGCUCCUCCGUGGAGAUCGUCAAGACCACCAAAUUCCUUGGUGUUCACCGGGCAGAGAACUUCACCUGGUCCCUCAAGACCAGCUCCAUAGCCAAGAAAGCCCAGCAGCUUCUCUAA